AUGCCGAUGUGGCCGUCAUCAUUUGGUCGUCCACAAUGGCCAAUGAUGCAGUAUCCUUUCACACCAGCUUUCUCGCCAGGUUACAACCAGAUGGGCUCGCAUCAUGUGAAUCAACCUGGGCUACUUGGUCCCGGCCCAUCUAGGCCCACCAAUGAAGCUCACUUGAUUAAUGGUGGCUCGACAACCUCUACGCCGUCACUCAACAAUCUGUUGCCGGCUCAGAUCACCCAUGCUUUCAAUACAAUGGCGCUUCAAGACCCCAAUGACGCCCCAUGGUACAUGGAUACGGGAGACACCAACCACAUCGCAUCAAACGCAGGUAACCUACGAUUUACGUCUAAUUCAAGCUCAAUUCCUACUAUCACUGUUGGUAACGGAUCCUUAGCUAGAGUAACGACGCUUGGUCAAGGAACUAUCUCUUCUCCUUCUCGCUCUUUUACACUUAAUAAUGUCCUCGUCUGCCCAUCUAUCAUAAAAAAUCUUGUCUCGGUGAGAAAAUUUGCAACUGAUAACUCUUGUUCUAUUGAAUUUGACCCUUUUGGUUUUUGUGUUAAGGAUCUGUUUACUCGGACCAAGCUUCUCCGAUGUAACAGCCCUGGUCCGCUAUACUCCGUCCAACCGUCUCUCUCUGCUCCAUCAAAUCUUGCUCUCGCUGCUUCUCCUACGGAUGGUUCCCUUUGGCAUCGCAGAUUAGGCCACCCAAGCAAUCAAUCUUUAUUUCGUGUUUUAUCUUCUGUUUCUCCGUUAUGCAAUAAAACUUUUCUGAAUACUUUAUGUCCAGCUUGUCAACUUGGAAAACAUGUUCGACAACCUUUUUCUAAAUCUAAUACUUUGGUUUUUCACCCUUUUGAAAUUGUCCAUUCCGAUAUAUGGACAUCACCAAUUAAAAGCGUUAGUGGCAUCAAAUACUAUCUUCUCUUCCUUGAUCAAUUUUCUCAUUUUAUUUGGGUUUAUCCUCUUCACCGCAAAAGUGAAACUUUGUCCAAAUUCAUUCACUUUUCUACCUAUGUGCAGACUCAAUUUAAUUGCAAGAUAAAAUCUCUGCAAUGUGACAACGGGGGAGAGUAUGUUAACCGUGAUUUCCAAGCUCACAUGGACAAGAUCGGCGCCACAUUCCGCUUCUCAUGCCCAUACACGUCUCAACAAAACGGCAGAGCCGAACGCAUGCUCUGCACAGUCAACAACCUCAUUCGCACCUUGCUCAUUCAGGCUCACAUGCCGCACUCAUUUUGGGUCGAAGCUCUUCACACGGCGGUCCAUCUCAUCAACAUCAUGCCUUCCUCCGCCAUUGACAAUCAAGUUCCUUACACAAAGCUAUUCCAAAAAGAAGCUCGCUGCCAGCACCUCCGAACGUUUGGUUGUCUCUGCUAUCCCAACCUCUUGCCGAUGACACCACACAAACUCGCUCCUCGCUCAACUCCAUGUGUGCUUCUCGGUUAUCCGACGGAUCAUCGCGGUGAUCGCUGUCUUGAGAUAUCAACACAGCGCAUCAUACUCUCCCGUCACGUCACUUUUGAUGAGUCCGUUUUUCCCUUUGGUGCCAAACACAUCGUCUCAGAAACUGCUCCGCUCGUGCCUCCACUUUCAAUUCUUCGUUUACCUGCUCCUCCCAGCCCACUCAAUGCUCCACAGGUAACGUCUCCAUCUCCUCCUCCUUUUCCACCAGCUCCUCCAUCUCCCCCUCCAUCUCCUCCUUCUCCACCUCCUCCUCCAUCUCCUCCCACUCAAUCUCCUUCGCCCUCUCCUCCUCCACCUGCUCCUCCUGUUCAUCAUGCUAUGAACACUCGCAGCAAAAGUGGUAUCAUCAAACCACGACUUCCAUUGUGUCUUCACACCGACGUCACAAUUUCUCCCUUACCAUCGUCGCAUAUUCAAGCAGCUAAGGAUAGUCAUUGGAAUAAUGCCAUGACGGAGGAAUAUGAUGCUCAAAUUAAACGUAAAUCGUGGGUACUUGUCCCACGGCCAGUUGCUACUAAUAUCAUUUCUUCUUUAUGGCUUUACAGGCACAAGUUUCGCGCAGACGGCUCCUUAUAUCGUUACAAAGCACGACUUGUAGCGAAUGGAAAAUCACAGCAACCCGGCAUCGAUUGUGACGAAACAUUCAGCCCCGUGGUUAAGCCAGCAACGAUCCACACAGUCCUCACCGUAGCUGUCACACGCGACUGGCCUCUUCACCAACUUGACGUCAAGAAUGAUUUCUUGUAUGGAGACCUUGAGGAGACGGUGUACAUGCAUCAACCACCCGGGUUCGUCGACAAAACGAAACCCAAUCAUGUUUGUCUGCUUAAACGUUCUAUCUAUGGCUUGAAGCAGGCUCCACGGGCAUGGUACAACCGCUUUGCCACAUACGCACGGAAGAUCGGGUUUCAUCAAAGCAAGCUUGACCAAUCUCUCUUCAUCAUGUCUCAUGGCAGUGACAUCGCAUACCUGCUACUUUAUGUCGACGACAUCGUCCUUACAGCAUCAGCUCCCUCUCUCCUCACGAAAAUCAUUGCCAACCUCAACACCGAGUUUGAAAUGUCUGAUCUCGGUCCAGUCCAUCACUUUCUUGGCAUCUCCGUCACUCGCGACUCCAAUGGGAUCGUCAUGACACAGCAUAACUACGCCGCAGACAUUCUUCAUCGUGCUGACAUGACAUGA